CCUGGCGACGGCGCGAACAGUGGUGGUAACGGAAGCGGCGAGGCAGGUAGUCGACGGUGGUUACGAGAGCGGCGACAUGUUGAAGCUGCCCGUGUGAUCGUGCGCGUGGCGGGCGAUCUCCGACGCGCGAUCUCUAACGUGCGCGUUUUCUUUUUUUUCCCCGUCCCUCUUCUCCCUCCCCUCGCGCCCCUCGCGGCGCCUGUGGAUACGGCGGUAGUGCGCGAUAGUGCGACGAAGGGUGUGCACGGAAAGUAAGCAGCGAAGCGCUACAUGUGAAGUGUCGCCGGAGGCAUUACUCGCCAUCGUCGCGCCCGCUGGUUCACCCCGGCCCAGCAAACAUGAGCUGGGGCACGGAACUUUGGGAUCAAUUCGAGAAUCUGUCCCUACACACACAAAAAGGGAUAGAAUUUCUCGAAAGAUAUGGCCACUUCAUACGCGAUCGUUGCGCGAUUGAAUUCGAAUAUGCAGCGAAACUCAGACGUCUCGUGAAGAGCUAUCAACCGAAGAAGAAAGAGGAGGAGGAUUAUCAGUACAGUCCUUGCCGGGCGUUCAAGAUGGAGCUGAACGAGGUGAACGACCAAGCCGGUCAGCGGGAGGUGAUCGCGGAGAAUCUCCAGGGUAACGUUCUACGGGAACUCAACAUUUUAGUGAAGGACUUCAAAGAGGACCGCAAGAAACACCUGCAGGAGGGCGCACGGUUGAUGGCCACCCUAGCCGGUCAGAUCGGAAAUCUGGAGCGGGCUAGAAAGGCCUAUGAGAAGGCCUUCCGCGAGGCGGAGCGCGCUGUGGAGAAUUAUCAGCGAGCGGACGCGGAUCUCAAUCUCUCCAGAGCAGAGGUCGAGAAACAGAGGAUGAAUAUGACCAUGAAGACCCAGCAAAGCGAAGAGGCGAAAACGGAGUACGCGAAUCAACUGCAAAAAACGAAUGACAUGCAGACGCUACACUACCACACGGCGAUGCCGGAAGUGUUUCAGCAUCUUCAGGAGUUGGACGAGAAAAGGAUAAAAAAUAUGCGGAACUACAUGAUGAAGUCGGUGGAAAUCGAACGGGCGGUAGCGCCAAUAAUCGCUCAGUGCCUGGACGGCAUCGAGAAGGCGGCGAAUGAGAUCAACGAGAAAGAGGACACGAUGUUGGUGAUUGAACGCUACAAGAGCGGCUUUCAGCCUCCUGGGGAUUUCCCCUUCGAAGAUCUAUCGGUUGCCAAGAAUUAUGAUAACAACAGCCAAUUGGCUCAGCCGGUCAUGCAGCCGAUUCACAAUCAUCUUACGGUCAAGGGUACCGUUUCCGGCGGCAAGAUCAAGAAAAGAGUUGGUCUUUUUGGAAUCUUCAGUAGCAAUAAGCAGAAGUUGAUCGAGGUGUGCAUAGCUUUAAAGAAUAAUGUGCCUGGCUACGGUGACGGUGCGAAGGAGGAUUGCAGCGAUUUGCCACCGAAUCAGCGGAAGAAGAGAUUGCAGCAACGAUUGGACGAGAUCCAGGCGAAGAUCCAACAGGAGACAGCAGCGAGAGAUGGUCUUAUGAAAAUGAAAGGCGUGUACGAGCAGAACCCCGCCCUUGGAGAUCCGAUGAGCAUAGAGGGACAAUUGAAUCAAUCCAGUAACAAACUGGACAAACUCGGAGCUGAAUUGGCAAAGUUUCAAGGUUACCUCGAAGAAGCGAUGCGCGCUGGCGUCAGUUUGUCUAGCCCAAGCCAGGCACCGCGGAAAACUGCUACUAAUGGUUCAGCAACAAGACCGCUGAGUUCACGAAGAAGUUCACACUCAGGUGGAGAAGAGAGUCUUUCGAGAUCCGCUUCUGAUUCUAGUGUUUGUAACGCAAACGCAAAUCAAUCGGCUCACAAGAAGAGCGCACCGGGAACACCGCAACCGACUCAUGGUUCCACGAAUAGCCCGGAAUCUGGUCUUGGCGAAUCGAGGACAUCGUUACCCGGUAGCGGUUGCGAAGAAUAUUAUCAUGAUGAAGUAGAUGCUCAGCCGCCACUAGGGACAUGUCGGGCGCUUUAUCCUUUCGAUGCAACCAGCGAGGGUUCCAUACCGAUGUACGAUGGUGAAGAGCUGUACAUGAUCGAAUUGGAUCAGGGAGAUGGGUGGACUAGAGUGCGACGUAUUUCACAACCGAUCGAGGGCUUCGUGCCGACCUCGUACAUAGAGUGUCAUCUGUACAACACUUAGCCACUUCUAAGUUGUUAAAAGAAUUACGCAACAUGAAACUACGAUACGAAGAUUAUUAAGGAAGACGGCGUGCGACAUGUUUAGUGCCGAAGAUUCAAGGGCCAUGUGUUGGUCAAGUUGGCACGGGAUACAGGAAUAUCAGCAAAUGGAUUGCAGGCCUAAUAAACAACAGAAAAAUAGUAAAAAAAAUCAAAGAAAAUCUUUAAAUUUAAAAGAAAAGAUAUAUUCAAAAAUUUACAAAUUUUGGAACUGAAUCAUAAGAGUCAAGAAUCAUAGAUGUAUGCAAACAAGUAUGACAUCGAGAAAGACAUUUCAACUAAUCGCGAUCUAACAGAAUCCUAUGAAUCCGCCGAACCGAAUUAUCACGUGCCAAUAUUCUCGGCAAGAUCACGAUCAUUGAUGAAUGUUGCGUGAAUUAUUUUCGACACAUCUUCUUGUUCGAUCGAUCGACCAAUCGAUCACGAAGGAACGAA